AAGCAUUAUUGGCAUUGACCUCUCUAACACCAAUUCAACGAUUUGACAAAGGAAAAAUAUUCACGGAAAUUUUCAGUGAAUAAAUUUUAAUUUAGAGGAAUAUAUCAAUUUUAUUGUAAAUUCUCUUUAUAUACAGCACAAAGUCUUUUGAAAACACAAGAACUUGUGUGAUCCCCUUAACACCAAUUGCCCAAUUGCACUUACCAAGCUACACACUUAAAAUGCCAAACAUUAAAUUGCAAUCGUCUGACGAUGAAAUAUUCGACACCGACGUACAAAUUGCAAAAUGUUCCGGAACCAUAAAAACCAUGUUAGAAGAUUGUGGAAUGGAGGAUGGUGAUAAUGCCGUUGUGCCUCUUCCCAAUGUAAAUUCGGCCAUUUUGCGUAAGGUUCUACACUGGGCCAAUUACCACAAAGACGACCCCCAACCACCAGAAGAUGAUGAAAACAAAGAGAAGCGUACAGAUGACAUUUCCUCUUGGGACGCUGAUUUUCUUAAGGUGGAUCAAGGCACACUAUUCGAAUUGAUCUUGGCCGCCAAUUAUCUAGAUAUUAAAGGACUCCUAGAUGUUACAUGUAAAACUGUGGCUAACAUGAUCAAGGGCAAGACACCAGAAGAAAUACGAAAAACAUUUAAUAUCAAAAAUGAUUUUACACCAGCCGAAGAAGAACAAGUGCGUAAGGAGAACGAAUGGUGUGAAGAGAAGUAAUCAGUUUAUGCGAGCUGCGUUCGACUUAGUUUUUAUGAAUGCAAUUAAAAGCUAAACAUAUGUAACUACUAAUUAUUAAAUACCUAAGAAGCUAUGUCUUAAUAUAUGAAUUUUUUUGUUUUUUUACUCUACACACUUGUCACAAACGAAGAAAACACUCAUAUACAUUAGUAUAUACACCAUUCAAUUGAACGCCAAUGUUAAGAAAGCGUGGAUAGCACACGAAGUCCGCAUCCCUUAUAAGGUAGAACAUGAUCUUCAUGCUAAUAAAUAAAGGAUUUGGUCUUCUUAACUUACAUGUUAUCUUAAUGUUUAAGUAAUUCUUUAUGAAAUCCAAAACUAACAAAAAUAAUUAACGGAGAACUUUUGAAUUAUGAUAUUUGCUUCAUUAUAACUAUUAACUAAGGAAUUCGAUUUUUAAAUAAAUAUGUAUUCAUUUUUAAA